CUCUGUGGGAAAAUCUACCAAGAGAUUGUGGUAAAACAAGAUUUAAUGACACCGCUAUAAAAGAAAUGGAAAACCGGAUUAUCAAUGGCAGCGUGGCUAAACUAGGACAAUUCCCCUGGAUGGCCCGAAUAGGGACGAAAUAUAAAGAUGGAUCAACGUAUUUCAUCUGUGGAGCAUCUCUUAUCACCAGGACUUUUCUUGUUUCAGCCGCCCAUUGCGGAGAAUGGGUUAAUAUAGCGAGACUUGGCCAGACGUACGAAACAAACGGCACCGAAUGCGACCAAAAUGGCGCCUGUGCCCCACCCUACCAAGACAUCAAAAUAAAAAGCUACCUAUUCGAGGACUUCUGUAAGCGUUCGUUUCAAAACGAUAUCGUUUUAUAUCAACUUGACAAGCCGGCUGAACUUAAUGAUUUUGUGCAACCAAUUUGCCUAUCCCGUAUCUCUAUUCCACUAAGUAGCCUCGUUGGUGAAAAUAUAAUUACGUCGGGAUGGGGUAGACAAAUUAGAACCGAUCCCACGAGCAAUCCACAAAAAUUAAUGUACAUUGCUGUUCCCGUACAAGACAUGAGGAAGUGCAUACCAUUAUAUUACCACUUCGAUAGAAAUACACAAUUUUGUUUAACUAGACCCAACGAUAAGAGCGUAUGUUUUGGAGAUUCUGGUUCUGGAGCUGUAAAAUUUAUGAAAAUUGAUGGCGAAAGAAGAGCCCAUUUAAUCGGAAUUACUUCUUAUGUGAAGAAAGACUGUUCAUUAUACCCUGUAUUUGCAUUUGUCGAAAACCACCUAGACAGAAUUUUGAUACAAAUUAACAAACAUCUGCACAAAAAUAUAAAAGCGUGCAGAUUAACAGUCAUUGAUUCCGAAGACAUUUCUCAUGAAAUCGAGCAACCAAGUCUUUGCUUGACUCCGGAAAAUCAAUUAAUCGAAGAAUUAAGUGAUAUCGAAGAAACGCUUGAAGAUCAGGAAAAACCCAGUCUAAUAAAGGAUCGGACGGUGAAGAUCAAGUUAAAAAGUUGCCAAAAAGACCAAGAUUCGCCUAGUUAG